CGAUGCCCAGAAACGUUAGCUGGACGAACAGUUCCUUGUUCAGCGAUGAUGGGAGAGGGGGGCAUUGCACUGCUGGCCCAGGAAUAGUAGAAUGGCGCUGAUUGCAGAAGCAGCAGCAGCGAUGGAUCUGGGAAUGGAUGUUAUGAAUGCUUCUACAGCGAAGAUUCCAGCGAGUUACGUUGUUGGCACUGUCCUGGUUGAAGGAUCAUACAGUGUUGGAGCACAGUUUUUGAGACGGUAUAAUGGUGGUGUGGUCAUGGGUAUGCGGACGAUACUGUGCUUGUACAGCGAAAGAGCCAGGAAGGUACAGAGCUGGCAGCUUGAUGAUGAUGUGUUGAUGGUGCAGUGCCAGUACAGUGGCAAUGCAAGGAUGGUAUGGUGCCGGUACACAGCCAUCGUACAAGAAAUCAAUAUGGUGCUUGCGUGUACCACGGUGACUUGAUGAUCGUAUUUAGUGUGGAAUCUGCUGAUACCGUAAGGACGCGACGAUGGAAGAGGGUGCGGUGUGAAAGGCAAGACAUAUAAGAUUAUGUUUUAGGAGGAGAUAUCAGGAUGGCAGGUUCGCUGACGGUGCGUAACUUUUCGAAAGGGGACAUUUCUCUCCCCGGGGAUGGCGGGUUGAUGUGUGGAUGAAGCGGCCUCCUCCGGAGUAAUGCCGUUGUUCAGCUGUAUAGGAAUAGAGGACCCAAGUGUUUUCAACUUUUGAUCAAUAAGACUCAGAAGAACAUGGAAGGGGUUGUUUGAUGAUGGCUCAUACUUGUAGAAAUUCGUGUGUAUGGGAACACCCGGUAUUUAUUUUUCCAGUUCUGCCAAACUUCUUCAACCGUUCACUUUCCCCUACCGUCGUCACCUGAACAGAACGCCCAGUCAUUAUAGCUGUAUUCCAGUCCAGAUUCAGCGAUAAUGACCGGGUGUUCUUCUUAUUCGGGUGAAGAUGGUAGAAGUGACAUGGGGCGAUGACAGUGCGAUCCUCUGGCAAACAUGGUUGGUGUUUCGGUUGCCGCCAGGAGGACAGACGUCUGCUCCAGCUCCAUUCGCUUGCAGUCACUACGUCG